CUGGCAUAGAAAAUGAGGACUAGGGAAUUACAUGGUGAGAUGUUGGAGUUCUCGUGUUUCUACUCUAUUAUGUGGAGGUGAUUAAUUGUGACGUAGGUUUUCGGCCCUUUUUGAUUGGGAGAGGGACAGAUGAAUAAUGGGUUAUGUUGAUCAAAAUGUAGUUUCAGUCCAGAGGCUGUGUUUUGUAUACGAGUUUUUAAGGUUCUUUUACUUCAGCAACUCCCGAGGUCCCUGUCCUCACGACUGUAUAUAAGAAACAACUCCCCAACCUUUCAAUAUCACCAUGCUGCUUCAUUCUCAUCCACAUCCAUUCCAUCUAUUCACUCUUUCCCAAAUUUACAACACAGCAUCUCCAAAAAUGUUCAUCAACGUCCUCCUCCUGGCCACCACAGCCUCCCUCGCUUCUGCACAAGCUCCUGCGAAAAAAGUCUUCACCCUCGCUGUCUCUCAACCAAACGGCGAUUUGGAUGGAAAGCCAAUUAAUGCAUUCGAAAAGUAUUUCUACACUGGUAUCGCCGAACCCAAGACGUUUUGUGUUGGCAGCGAUUGCCCGAUUCCCGCCAACAGUGCUCCGAUGACAGUGUUUACAAACACUCCUGAUUUCCUCUAUGUAAGCCUUUCUACGCUUUUACCCUUUUCACUCCUUUUGCUUUGGGAUUUUGGGGCAAUGGUGCUGGAUCUUGGGUUUGGCGAGACGGGGUGUCGGAGGGGGGAAACAUCGAAAUCUAUGAGAAAAGAAGGAGUAGUUGUUUGGUAUGAAAUUGUACUGAUUUCAUCUCGUUAAAUAGGUCCAAGUCCCAGGCGGUCAACAAACCUUCGUCGAACCCCAAGGGCCACUCGCCUUCACAGAAGCCAACACAAACAAGCCAGAAAAUGGUGUUCAAGGCGGUUGGGUAAACGCUACGUAUUUUGAUAGGCAAGGAACUCCCCUUUACGAGUUACAGGCUUGGGACAAACCAGAGUCUGGAAGAGGUAUGUUCUGUUUCCCUCUCUCUAUCUCCCUCCAGUUCUCCUACCUUGUUGUCUCAAAUAUGAAAAUGGGCGAUAAGGGUAUAUAAUGCACAAGCUAAGAGCAAAACAGGCGUCGCAUUAUGUCCCUCCGCCAUCCCAGAUGCCCUCCAAGUCUUUGUCAAGACCCCCGGAUUCUCUCGAGCAGAUUGCACGGAUAUUCUGGGAUUCAAAGCUAUCCCUUGGGUUGAGGAUGGGUUUGGAGCUUGGGCGUACGCGUAAAUGCAUACAGACCUACAAAUUAUUACCGAUCUCGAUAUAUGGUUUGCGUGGAAGGAUAGAACUCUCAUUAAAAAAGGAAAGACUUGGUUAAUAUUAGAACUCUCGUUUUCCGUCGACAAGCAAGUUUAAUAGUUAGUUGGAUCAUGGUCACCAUCCUCUUUUUUUUGUACUUCUUGCGAUUUGGAUGGCAUGUGUUACGGUAGUAACACCAGGAGCGUAAAGGAGGACAGUCGUAAAGCAUAUCUUGGG